AAAUAAACUGCCUCUGUACCCUAUUCCAGUACUGGACUCCUCAAGCUCUAUCACUAGGUUGUCUUUUAAAGAGAGCUAGGUAAUCAUUAAGAAUUCUUUCUUCCUCUUCUCUGCAGUGCAAAAGAUAUGAAGCAUCGGCUAGGUUUCCUGCUGCAGAAGUCUGAUUCCUGUGAACAUAAUUCUUCCCACAGCAAGAAGGACAAAGUUGUCAUUUGCCAGAGGGUGAGCCAAGAGGAAGUCAAGAAAUGGGCUGAAUCCUUGGAAAACCUGAUUAGCCAUGAAUGUGGGCUGGCAGCUUUCAAAGCUUUCUUGAAGUCUGAAUACAGUGAGGAGAACAUUGAUUUCUGGAUCAGCUGUGAAGAGUACAAGAAAAUCAAAUCACCCUCCAAACUAAGCCCCAAGGCCAAGAAGAUCUAUAAUGAAUUCAUCUCAGUCCAGGCAACAAAAGAGGUGAACUUGGAUGCUUGCACCAGGGAGGAGACAAGCCGGAACAUGCUGGAACCUACAAUAACAUGCUUUGAUGAGGCCCAGAAGAAGAUUUUUAACCUGAUGGAGAAGGAUUCAUACCGCCGCUUCCUCAAGUCCAGAUUUUAUUUUGAUUUGGCCAACCCUUCCAGCUGUGGGUCAGAAAAGCAGAAAGGAGCCAAGAGUUCUGCAGACUGUGCUUCCCUGGUCCCCCAGUGUGCCUAAUUCCCACUGGGAGGUGGAUGGCUGAAAUGCCAAGACUCUAUGCUCUGGAAACCCGAGGCCAAAUAUCAAUCUGUAUUAAGCACCAGUGCUUUAAUCACUUUGUAGCCUAGUAUCCAUGCUGCCUGGCAUGUGCGAGUCACUCUCAUGUAGAAACUAGAUUUCAUUUUGGUGUUUUUGGUGUUCAUCAGGGUGGGACCACAUUCUAGUCCAAUUUCCCCAAAUUUCUUUUAGGGUGCCAUUUGAGCAAGUAUCCAAGUAUUGGCCUUGUAGAUCUGGCUUUCAAAGAUUGUCAGCAGAUCUCUCCUCCCAACAGUUUGACCUCAGGGUGGUUGGUUGGUACACUUCAUGUGACAUCCACAUAUGUACACGUAUUCUGUUAGCUAGCACUUUCUGCAAGCUUUAGAUGAGGUUGAUCUAUUAUAUGUACAUAUGUAUGUGUGUGUAUAUU